GGGGUGUUGUUAGCGUUUCUGUGUUUGCAGCGUUUCUCUGCUGAGAAGCGAACACGUUAAAGUUUAAACGUCUAUAGUUGUUUAGUUUAAAUUGAUUUUAGGAGUGUGUGUGUGUAAGAACCGAGCCGCCAAGAUGCCGCGAAUUAUGAUUAAAGGUGGCGUUUGGCGCAACACUGAGGAUGAGAUCCUGAAGGCGGCUGUAAUGAAAUAUGGCAAAAAUCAGUGGUCUCGUAUUGCCUCACUGCUACACAGAAAGUCUGCUAAACAGUGUAAAGCCAGAUGGUAUGAGUGGCUGGAUCCCAGCAUUAAGAAGACAGAAUGGUCACGUGAGGAAGAGGAGAAGCUUCUUCAUCUGGCCAAGCUGAUGCCCACCCAGUGGAGAACAAUAGCGCCCAUCAUUGGCAGAACUGCUGCACAAUGCUUAGAGCAUUAUGAGUAUUUGCUAGACAAAGCUGCCCAGAGAGACAAUGAAGAAGACACCACCGAUGACCCUCGCAAGCUCAAACCAGGAGAGAUCGACCCAAACCCUGAGACCAAGCCAGCCAGGCCGGAUCCUGUGGACAUGGAUGAAGAUGAGCUGGAGAUGCUGUCUGAAGCCAGGGCUCGAUUAGCUAACACCCAAGGAAAAAAAGCCAAACGGAAAGCUAGAGAGAAGCAGCUUGAGGAGGCCAGACGCUUGGCAGCUCUGCAGAAGCGGCGAGAGUUACGCGCUGCAGGCAUUGAUAUUCAGAAGAAACGGAAGAAAAAGAGAGGGGUAGACUAUAAUGCAGAGAUUCCCUUCGAAAAGAAGCCUACCCCUGGAUUCUAUGAUACGUCAAUGGAGCUAUAUGAUCCGCACGAACCUGACUUCAAAAGACUUCGCCAGCAGCAUCUUGAUGGAGAUCUCAGAAAUGAGAAGGAAGAGCGGGAGCGUAAAAAGGACAAGCAGAAGAUGAAGAAAAAGAAGGAAUCUGAUCUCCCGUCUGCUAUUUUGCAGACCAGCGGGGUGUCUGUAUUCACUAAGAAGAGAAGCAAGCUUGUGCUACCUGCACCACAGAUCUCCGAUGCAGAGUUGGAGGAGGUGGUCAAACUUGGCCAGGCCAGUGAGAUCGCCCGGCAAACUGCAGAAGAGUCUGGAAUUACCAACUCUGCCUCCAGCGCUCUCCUUUCUGAAUACAAUGUGACUAAUAAUAGCAUGGCGCUCCGCACACCACAGACUCCCGCAGCACAAGAUAAGAUUCUGCAGGAAGCCCAGAACCUGAUGGCACUUACAAAUGUGGACACUCCUCUGAAGGGUGGUCUAAACACACCUCUGCAUGAAAGUGACUUUUCUGGGGUCACCCCACAAAGGCAGGUGGUUCAGACCCCCAACACUGUGCUCUCCACACCUUUCAGAACGCCAAGUCAUGGUGCAGAGGGUUUGACGCCUCACAGCGGUAUGACCCCUAAGCCUACUUUAGGAGUGACCCCCGGCCGUACACCCCUGCGGGACAAACUCAACAUUAAUGCUGAGGACGGUGUGUUGGACUAUACAGACCCAGCUUACGCCAAACACGCGCAACGUGAGACUCGUGAGCAGCUAAAGUUGGGCCUGAUGUCUCUGCCACUGCCCAAAAAUGACUUCGAGAUCGUUCUGCCUGAAAAUGCUGAGAAAGAGAUGGAGGAACCAGAGGUGGAUGAAAGCUAUGUGGAAGAUGCAGCUGAAAUUGAGUUUCGUAAACAGGCAGCCAGAGAUGCUGAGCGAGAAAAAGAGUUGAGGCAGAGACACACAGCAGUACAGAAGAGCCUACCCAGGCCUUCAGAGGUGAAUGAGACCAUUCUGAGACCACAGAAUGUGGAGCCUCCUCUCACAGAUCUGCAGCAAGCAGAGGAGCUUAUUAAGAAAGAGAUGAUUACUAUGGUCCACUAUGACUGUCUGCACCAGCCUUACACAGAGGCUUUGGCCAAGAAAGGCAAAGGAGCUGGCUCAGGCAACACUGAACACAUCAACUACCUGGAGAAAACACCCUAUGAAAAAGUCACAGAGGAGGACUUGAAAAAGGCUAAGGACUUGCUCAAGCAGGAGAUGGACGUGGUGAAGCAUGGCAUGGGCCACGGUGAUCUUUCAAUGGAAGCAUAUAACCAGGUUUGGGAGGAGUGCUACAGCCAAGUGCUGUAUCUGCCCAGUCAGAACCGCUAUACCAGAGCCAAUCUGGCCAGCAAGAAGGACAGGAUCGAGUCCCUGGAGAAAAAACUGGACGUCAACAGAGGACACAUGACAAUGGAAGCCAAACGGGCAGCAAAGAUGGAGAAGAAGAUGAAAAUCCUGCUAGGGGGUUACCAGUCUCGGUCUAUGGGCCUGAUAAAGCAGCUCAGUGACCUGUGGGACCAGGUCGAACAGGCUAACAUGGAGCUGCACACCUUCGACGAGCUCAAGAAGCAAGAGGACCUGGCUAUCCCACGCAGGCAGGAGGCUCUACGAGAGGAUGUGCAACGACAGCAGGACCGUGAGAAAGAGCUCCAGCAGAGGUUUGCAGAUCUUCUCCUUGAAAAGGAAACUUUGGUUUCAGGAAAGUUCUGAAUGUUAAAUUCUAAAGAACUUCAGUUGUACAGUUGAAGCUUGUUCAAAAGCAUGGAUGUUUCAGUGUUCCAUAUCAGUGUACCUUCAGCUUCAGCACAGUGCAACUCAUUUUGUAAAUAUCUGCAGCAGUAUGUAUUUUUUGUUCCUGUACCAGGCCAUUUUAAGAUUGAUGCUUCAGUACUGUUGUUGCUCUGGGAGUCUUAUUGGCUUUUAGUGUAAUUAUUUACACAAUAAAUCUUCAGCUUUCAAUCAGCAGUGGUGUUUUGCUUUACAGUGAUGCAAUAAAAUACAUUUUAUAAUUA